CAACCUUGCUUAGAAGAAAAGCCAUUAAAAUUGCGUCAAUCAAGAGAAAAACUUCACCGUUGCCUGCAACAACAUUGAAGCUAAAUAAUUUCAAUAACAAAGAGUACGAAGAGCAGCAACAGCAACAACAACAACAACAGCAGCAGCAGCAACAACAACAGCAAUUUGCUCAAGAAUUGGCAACAGUUGGGCCCAAGGAAACACAGCAACAACAACAACAGCAGCAAAAGGACAUAGAAGAAAACUUUGCACUAACAACAACAACAACAGCAACAGGAACAGGAACAAACUUAAUUGAGAAAAAAGAAUUGACAUCAGCAACAGGAACAGGAACAGCAACAGCAGCAACAAGCACACCGGCAAAACUAGCAUUAUCAGCAGCAGCAGCAGCAACAACAACAGCAGCAGCGGCCAUAACAAAUUCUAAGGCUAACGCCUCGGUCAGUUCAGACACCAAAUCCAAUUCCUUGACAAACCUCAAUCUACAACCGCCACCACCACCACCACCAGCAACAGCAACAUCAACAACAACAGCAACUGCAGCAACAUCAACAACACAAUCGACAACAGCAACACUAAAUUUAGGCGUUGCCAAGUCAACAACAACAUUGAAUCGUCCCUUAAAUACCAGCACCACCACCACCACCACCACGACGUCGCUGUAUACUUGCUCGAGUGCCUCUGCCUCAUUGAUUGCCCAACCGCCACCAACGAAAAUCUUUAAAACGGAUCAUCUGUGCGUUAACGCCGCUGCUGCCGCCGCUUACGGUCUGCAACCAACAACUGCCGCCGCUGCUGCUGUUGGGCAUCCUUGUGUCUACUGUGUGAUACCAGUGCCAGUGGGCAGUUCAUCUAGUGCCGCUGCAGCCUCUGCUGUUACCGCCGCUCCACCAACACCGCGCAGCGCAUUUCCCGUUGCUCCAUUAACCGCUUCAGCCGUUGCCCUAAAAGGUUCAUCGUCGUCGUCGUCGUCGUCUGCAUCGCUGCAACAGCAACAACAGCAACACCACCACCACCACCAGCAACAACAACGUCCACCAGCCAUGACUAGUCCAGCUGCUGCUGCUGCUGGUGCCGCUUUGGCUGCCGGUGCCCCAUAUCGUGGUGCAACCAGUUGGACUCCGCAGGGCUAUGCCCCGGCAGCUGCUGCUGCCGCUGCUGCGGUUGCCCAACAGGCAGCCGCUUAUCGCUAUACGGCCCCAUUGCCACAGCCAGCAUAUGCGGCCUAUACACCGCAUACGGCCACCACACCGGCCACAACCACGUACGGCCAGCGUGUACCAACUGCUGCCUCACCAAGCAACACCAACUCGAGCAGCUCAUCGAAUACCGGUUCACAGAGCGGCACAUUGAGCACCAGUUUGAGCCAUACAACAAAUACAAAUACCAACAUGGGUCCCAACGGCACCGCACAGAAUCAAAAUCAACAGGGCGGCGGCGGUGAGCAAUUGUCAAAGACAAAUCUCUAUAUACGCGGACUCCAGCAAGGCACAACUGACAAGGAUCUAGUUAAUAUGUGUGCACAAUAUGGAACCAUAAUAUCAACCAAGGCUAUCUUAGACAAAACAACAAACAAAUGUUAUGGCUUCGUCGACUUCGAGCAGCCAGCAUACGCGGAGAACGCCGUCAAGGGACUGCAGGCGAAGGGCGUUCAAGCUCAGAUGGCCAAAGUGGGUAUCUGGGUGCUUCAUAGGCCGGCCAUUCAACAGGAACAGGAUCCCACAAAUUUGUAUAUUGCAAAUUUGCCGCCACAUUUCAAGGAAACUGAUCUGGAGGCAAUGCUAUCGAAAUAUGGACAAGUUGUUUCGACCAGAAUAUUGCGUGAUCAGCAAAUGAAUUCAAAGGGCGUUGGCUUUGCCCGCAUGGAGAGCCGCGAGAAAUGCGAACAAAUCAUUCAGAUGUUCAAUGGUAACACAAUACCGGGUGCCAAAGAUCCAUUAUUGGUGAAAUUCGCCGAUGGUGGACCAAAAAAGAAGAAUCUCUUCAAGACUCCCGAUCCGAAUACGCGUGCGUGGCGUGAUGUAUCCGCCGAGGGUAUACCCGUUGCCUAUGAUCCCACAUUGCAGCAGAAUGGUGUCAGUGUGAAUGUGGGCACACCAAUUGGAGUGCCAUAUUCUAGAUUCAGUGCACCCCCGGUGGGUGGUUAUCCAGUGGCUGGUUCUCAAUGGAUUCCCGGCUAUAUGAUGACCCAACCGAUCACUCAGGUAGAUGAUCAGUACAUGCAAAUGGCAGCUCCACAAUUGGGCGUCACCUCAUACAAACCGGAGGCUGUUAAUCAGGUGCAACCACGUGGCAUUUCAAUGAUGGUCAGUGGCGAUACAGGUGUGCCAUAUGGAACAAUGAUGCCCCAGUUGGCCACUCUGCAAAUCGGCAACUCUAACUUUUCUCCAUCGUUACAGUAUAUUAGUCCAACUUAUCCAUAUUAUGCACCACCACCAACUAUUAUACCAACAAUGCCAAUGACAGAUUCCGAACAGGCUAGCACAGCUGCAUCACCCGACGAGGCAUACACACAGUAUCCACAUCAAGCCGCUCCCAAAUAGGUCUUCUUCGCGAGUAUAGUUACUAAGCAGUCAAAAACACCACUGGUAAUACCAUACUAGAUAUAAUGUAUUAGUACCCGAUUUGAGUACUAUAUAAGACACGCUGAGAUGACGAAGAGCGAGAGAUGAAAGCGAUUGGGAGAGAAUGGAGAAAAAGGAAUGAGCAAAGCGAGCGAUCGAGCGCGAAUGAACUAUGGAUAAAUUGGAGAACGGAGAACAGCAAGAGAGCGGAUAAUGCGAUGAAUGAAUGAAAGAAAGAGAGGAGAUGAUGAUGAUGAUUAAAUUAAGCAGCCAAUCAAGCGAGGAGCGCAGAAGGAGCAGCAGCAAUAACAACAACAAGACAAUGCUGUUCACUAAUACAAGUUUAAGAAGAUAAAAUAAAACAAAAUGAGAGAAACGAAA